CUGCGUAAUAAUUGUUGGUGGUGAACACACCCUUAUUUGCCGGCAUGAGCCGGAAGUGCACUGAUGAACUGUCCAUGGAGGAGGGGAUGGAGGUGGACUGUCCGCCAGAGGAUCUGCCCGUGUCCUCCUAUGAUGAGCGCGGUGUUAAAGACAUGAGGCUGGAGGCUGAAGCUAUAGUCAGCGACGUCCUGUUUGCAGUGAGCAACAUGUUCGUGUCUAAAACUCUCACCAGUGGUCUGGAUUUGGCUUUUAUCAACGUGGAGACGAGAGAAGGAAAGCGCUACUGCUUAGAGCUGAGUGAAGCAGGGCUCAGAGUGGUGGGACACACCUUUGAUCAGGUGGAUGCAGGUCUGAGCACUCAGUAUCAUGAGACUGUUUACUCACUCCUGGACUCUCUGAGCCCGGGUUACAGAGAAGCAUUCGGAAAUGCCCUGCUCCAGCGACUCGAGAGGCUCAAACCAAACGGCCAGUGAAAAGUUCAGCCUGAACCCAGGCGCUGCUUCCAGACAUCUUUGCUUGACAGCAGUCACGCUGCAGUUCUGUGCAACAGUCAGCUUAAAGCAUCCAUGGCAACCUUUCCAAUCCGAAACACCUUCCUGGCUUAUUUUAGUCACACUUUUGAUUUUACAAAGAUGACAAAUUUUUUUGUGUUUUCUGCUAUGGGGGGG